GCGGCGGCGGCGGCGGCGCUGAGGCGGCGGCGCUGAGGCAGCGGCGGCGGCGCGAUGCCGGCGGCGGCCGGGGGGCUGCUGUGGUGGAGCUGCUGCGUGCUGGCGGCGGCGGCCGGGGCCCCGCGGGCCGCCGCGGCGGCGCAGGCAGUGUGUGCCGGCACCGAGAACAAGCUGAGCUCCCUCUCAGACCUGGAGCAGCAGUAUCGGGCCCUGCGCAAGUACUAUGAGAACUGUGAGGUAGUUAUGGGCAACCUGGAAAUCACGAGUAUUGAGCACAACCGAGACCUCUCCUUCCUACGGUCUAUCCGAGAAGUCACAGGCUAUGUUUUGGUGGCUUUGAAUCAAUUUGAAUACCUGCCGUUGGAGAACCUGCGCAUCGUUCGUGGGACCAAACUCUAUGAAGAGCGAUAUGCUUUGGCGAUAUUUCUUAACUACAGAAAGGAUGGUAACUUUGGACUCAGGGAACUUGGCUUGAAGAACUUGACAGAAAUACUGAACGGAGGCGUGUAUGUUGGCCAGAACAAAUUUCUUUGCUUCGCAGACACCAUUCAUUGGCAGGACAUCGUGCGUAACCCCUGGGCCUCCAACUUCACUUUGGUUCCAACGAAUGGCAGCUCGGGAUGUGGUCGAUGUCACAAGUCUUGCACAGGCCGAUGCUGGGGACCCACAGAGAAUCACUGCCAGACCUUGACGAAGACGGUGUGUGCAGAGCAGUGCGAUGGACGGUGCUAUGGGCCCUACGUCAGCGACUGCUGCCACCGGGAAUGUGCUGGAGGCUGCUCUGGACCUAAAGACACUGAUUGCUUUGCCUGUAUGAAUUUCAAUGAUAGUGGUGCAUGUGUCACGCAGUGCCCCCAGACUUUUGUAUACAAUCCUACCACCUUCCAGCUGGAGCAUAAUCACAAUGCCAAGUACACCUAUGGGGCUUUCUGUGUCAAAAAGUGCCCACACAACUUUGUGGUGGAUUCCAGCUCUUGCGUCCGUGCAUGUCCCAGCUCCAAGAUGGAGGUUGAAGAAAAUGGUAUUAAGAUGUGUAAGCCCUGCACUGACAUUUGUCCUAAAGCAUGUGAUGGCAUUGGAACAGGGAGUUUAGUGUCAGCUCAGACGGUGGAUUCCAGCAACAUUGACAAGUUCAUAAACUGCACCAAGAUCAAUGGCAACCUUAUCUUCCUUGUUACUGGGAUUCAUGGGGACCCGUAUCACACAAUUGCCGCAAUCAAUCCAGAGAAAUUAAAUAUCUUCCAAACAGUGAGGGAGAUAACAGGGUAUUUGAAUAUACAGUCGUGGCCUGAGAAUAUGACAGAUUUCAGGGUGUUUUCUAACCUGGUUACUAUUGGUGGAAGAGCUCUCUAUAGUGGCCUUUCCUUACUCAUCCUGAAGCAACAAGGUAUUACCUCUCUGCAGUUUCAGUCCUUGAAGCAAAUCAGUGCUGGCAACAUCUACAUAACAGACAACAGCAAUCUGUGCUACUACCACACUGUUAACUGGACCAGCCUCUUCAGCACACCCAGUCAAAAGACGGUGAUUCAUCGAAACAAAAAGGCAGAGAACUGCACUGCUGAUGGAAUGGUGUGUAACGAGUUAUGCUCAAGCGAUGGCUGUUGGGGGCCAGGGCCAGACCAGUGUCUCUCCUGCAAGCGCUUCAUCAGGGGAAGGACCUGCAUAGACUCUUGUAACCUGUAUGAUGGGGAAUUUCGAGAAUUUGCAAAUGGUUCUGUCUGUGUGGAGUGUGAUCCCCAGUGCGAAAAGAUGGAAGAAAACAUGAUCACGUGCUAUGGGCCGGGACCUGACCACUGCACAAAGUGUUUCCAUUUUAAGGAUGGUCCAAAUUGUGUGGAAAAAUGUCCUGAUGGCUUACAGGGGGCCAACAGCUUCAUUUUCAAGUACGCUGAUGAGGAUCGUGAGUGCCAUCCAUGUCAUCCAAACUGCACGCAAGGGUGUAGAGGUCCCGCUAGUCAUGACUGCAUUUACUAUCCAUGGACACGACAGUCCACUUUACCACAACAUGCUAGAACCCCUCUGAUUGCUGCGGGAGUUAUUGGUGGCCUCUUCAUCAUCGUCAUUGUGGGCUUGACAUUUGCUGUGUACGUUCGGCGCAAAAGCAUUAAAAAGAAGAGAGCGUUGCGAAGAUUCCUGGAAACUGAGCUUGUGGAACCCUUGACUCCAAGUGGCACAGCACCCAACCAAGCACAGCUUCGUAUCCUGAAGGAAACUGAGCUGAAAAGAGUCAAGGUUCUUGGCUCUGGAGCCUUUGGAACUGUAUACAAGGGCAUUUGGGUCCCUGAGGGAGAAACUGUGAAGAUUCCUGUGGCCAUUAAGAUCCUUAAUGAGACCACUGGUCCGAAAGCCAAUGUGGAGUUUAUGGAUGAAGCCCUUAUCAUGGCCAGCAUGGACCACCCGCACCUGGUGAGACUCCUGGGUGUUUGCUUGAGCCCGACCAUUCAGCUAGUCACUCAGCUGAUGCCUCACGGCUGCCUGUUGGAUUAUGUUCAUGAACAUAAGGAUAAUAUCGGCUCCCAGCUUCUGCUAAACUGGUGUGUCCAAAUAGCUAAGGGAAUGAUGUACCUGGAAGAGAGGAGACUUGUCCACCGGGACUUGGCAGCCCGUAAUGUGUUGGUGAAAUCACCAAACCACGUGAAGAUCACUGACUUCGGACUGGCCAGGCUUUUGGAAGGGGAUGAGAAAGAGUAUAAUGCUGAUGGAGGGAAGAUGCCAAUUAAGUGGAUGGCUCUGGAGUGUAUACACUACAGGAAGUUUACCCAUCAGAGUGAUGUUUGGAGCUAUGGAGUCACUAUAUGGGAGCUUAUGACCUUUGGUGGGAAGCCGUACGAUGGAAUCCCAACUCGAGAGAUCCCCGACCUCUUGGAGAAGGGAGAGCGGUUGCCCCAACCUCCAAUCUGCACUAUUGAUGUUUAUAUGGUGAUGGUGAAGUGCUGGAUGAUUGAUGCUGACAGUCGGCCUAAAUUCAAGGAGCUAGCUGCGGAAUUCUCUAGGAUGGCUCGAGACCCUCAGAGAUACCUAGUAAUUCAAGGCGAUGAUCGUAUGAAGCUCCCAAGCCCAAAUGACAGCAAAUUCUUCCAAAACCUUCUUGACGAGGAAGACCUGGAAGAUAUGAUGGAUGCUGAAGAGUAUCUUGUUCCUCAAGCCUUCAACAUCCCUCCUCCCAUCUACACCUCCAGGACAAGAAUUGAUUCCAACAGGAGUGAAAUUGGACACAGCCCUCCUCCUGCCUACACCCCUAUGUCAGGAAACCAGUUUGUGUACAGAGAUGGUGGCUACGCUGCAGAAGUGCCGAUGCCGUACAGAGCUCCUGGCUGCAUUAUACCAGAAGCCCCAGUUGCUCAAGGAGCCACAGCAGAGAUCUUUGAAGAUACUUGCUGUAACGGCACGCUACGAAAACAAGUGGCAACCCUGGCAAAAGAGGACAGCAGCACCCAGAGGUACAGCGCCGAUCCCACGGUCUUCAUUCCUGAGCGGGUUGUCCGGGGAGAGCUGGAUGAGGACGGGUACAUGACGCCGAUGCGAGACAAACCUAAAACAGAUUACCUAAACCCGGUGGAAGAGAACCCAUUUGUCUCCCGACGGAAAAAUGGAGAUCUCCAAGCUGUGGACAACCCAGAGUAUCACAAUGCUCCGAACGGGCAGCCCAAAGCAGAGGAUGAGUACGUGAACGAGCCAUUGUACCUCAACACUUUUGCAAACACCUUGGAAAAUGCUGAGUACCUGAAGAACAAUUUGCCGGAGAAAGCCAAGAAGGCCUUUGACAACCCAGACUACUGGAAUCACAGCCUGCCCCCACGAAGCACCCUCCAGCACCCGGACUACCUGCAAGAGUACAGCACAAAAUACUUUUACAAACAGAACGGACGGAUCCGGCCCAUUGUGGCAGAGAAUCCUGAAUACCUCUCCGAGUUCUCCCUGAAGCCUGGCACUGUGCUGCCCCCGCCGCCCUACAGACACCGAAAUACGGUGGUGUAGUGACCGCGGUCUUACGGAAGUGGAAAGGCAACCCCUUCUAGCUGCCUCACUCCUCCUCUCUUGCUCUCCUUUUCUCUCUCUCCCCUCCCUCCCUUUCUUUCUCCCAUGAGCUUCCUCCUCUUGCCAGUUCACUCAUUUUUGCUAUUUCCAAGUGAAAGGAUGUCUUGGAGUGGUUUGCAGAUUGGGUUGGGAACCUGGAAGGAAGGAAGGAAAGAGACUGAAAGAAGGCGCGUACAACCUGGCGUUUCUCACUUUCCGCAGCUCUAGAGGGUCGGACGGUCAGAGAAGCCAGACGGUACCAGUAAAGGCCAGCGGCAGUGUUGCCUGCUGUGGAGCUAGUUCUCAGUGAUUCAACCCAGACGCUGUAGGGAAAGCCACAGAGGGGCUGUUUCUGUCAGCAGGAGCUGAGGAGAGUCCAUACAGCAUUCCUGGAAAUCUCAAUGCAGUUUCCAUUAGGGGGAAAAUGGACAAUUUUUAUAUCAUGUGUGAUAGCAUAGUAAUUGAGAUUGAGAAUCCAAUUUCUUUCUCUAACACUUUCUAUCCCAGCAACUGAAAAUGGCUAACCUGGCGUUUCAUAAUCGUUCAGAUCUUCAUCGUGGCUUUCCAAGAAAUGAUGAUGUGACUCUAAUAUACAGCUAAACAAACCCUUUUUCUGAGCCACACCAUGAUUUUGUGCCAAUUCCUAACCACAGAGACUCCAGCUUAGAACUGGUACAUGACACGGCCAUUUUUGUAUAUGUGCCAACACGACAAACACGUUAAACACAAAAACCCUUUCAGAAGAGUAACAAAACCACACCUCCAACAUCUUCUUUUUGAAGCUAAAAGACAGGCCAAGAAACCAAGAUUUGUAUGCAAAAAGCUUUGCUUUCCUGUUUUAUACCUGCUGACUAUAGGUAUAAAAAGACCCAAACAAAUUCUUCCCUCUUUUUCUUCUUCGUGAUCAUGAAGGGAGUUGGGGAUGCUGUCAGGCAACACUGAGGACAAGAUGGAGAACCGGAGAGUUGGGUAUGGGUCAUGAAGUCUGCUGGUGUUCUGUGGGGUGGUGGUGGGAAGGGUCCUUGAAACUGGAAGACAGACACUGGACUGGAGAAAAUGCACAUAGCAGUUCACUGGAAAGUUUGUUUGCACUUAAGCUCCGAUUUUAUUUGAACUGUUUUCUGGAUUUUGAAUGAAGCAAUAUGGAAGUGACCAGCAAAAUGCAAAACAAUAAUUUUAAAUUUAAAAAAAAAUUAAUUAUAUGUAAAGGAUGACUGUGGAAAUGCCAAAAUGAAGCAAAUCAAGUCUUUGGAACAAUGUCCACCAGUUCUGACAGGCCAUUGCAUUGACUGCUUCAGAGAAUACAGUGACAGAGCAGCCAGCUCUUACUGCUGCCACGUGAAGGACAGCAGAGCAAGCCCUGAAUGGCAUCGGAGGAGACAAAUGGCUUGCUCUGGCUUGCAGCACAGGAUGGAAUACUUUUUUCUAGAAGGAGGAGUACUCUGGCACAGAAGUCGGUGCAUAUGCGGUUUGAGAAGUCAAAAUGUGCAUGACUCGCAGAGCUUUCGGUCACAAUUGUAAAUAAGUCAGUCUCCUUGCACUUAGUUCUGCUUUCAUCAACCUCAGUUUUUAGGUAGACACCCCACCCCCUGGCCUGCUCCUCUUUGGAAAUACCUUUCAGCCAGAGUUCUGGACGUUUUUAGCAACCUGAGGCAGAUGUGUAAGACCCAUGUGUGUAAGAGCAUUUGCAUACCUAGUUCCCACCGAAAAUCUUAAGGAACUCUUAAGUACCUUUGAAGAUCUGCCUAUGUCUCUAUUCAUCAAGGCUUUUUUAAAGGGGAAGAAACAAUACCCGAUGGAUGGCAAUCUUAGGUGGUACAACAGUAUUUCAGUUUAUGCGCUUCAGUACUGGUAAAGUCGAGAUCUUUGGGGUGACCUAACCUAGCAACGAAACCAGCAACAACCAGUGUUCUGGAAAUGGCAUCAAGCUCCUCCAGAGUCCUGCCAUCUGAACAGCUUGCCAGCUGUAAGCAGAGGAAGGAGUAAGAAACGAGCAGUAGUUACCCAGAUCUUGGUGGCUGAGGGUCAGCUUGACAAAGGUAUGAAGAGAUUUCAAACCUGGGUUGGUUGUAGAUGGGGAACAAACUGUGUGUGAUCACUAGGUCAAGGUUGGUUCAGCCAACAGCCUGCUUCUGCAUCAGGUGUGUUCAGGCCAGCUUGAACCAGCUGCGGGGCAGGUAUUAAACCUGUAAACCGAGUAGGUAGCUGAAGAGUCUGAAAACAGCAAGAACAAGUACAGAUCUUGGAAGCUAUUAAAAGGAAAUGCUGGGUCAAGUGGUACCAAGGUGGUCUGUGGAGGCUGCGCCAAGUGACCAGCACACCACUCAAGUGGGAUAGAUGGUUACAAAAAGCCGUGAACGUGAGAGGCCUUGCCUCUUCCUGGUGCCCUCCCGUAACUCCUCAUGACUUUGUCAGGACACAGAAGCGGGCAUUGGCCAGCGGUUAGGGGCAUGGGGGGCGGCCUGAGGUCCUGGAGAUCCCAUUCCAGGGAAGGUUUGACAGUGGCAGCGCUCACAGGGUGUCGUCUGAAGCACGGGCAAAGGUCUGCCAGGUUGGGACACAAUUGCCAAGCUGCCUGGGGACAAAGACCGGCACAGGGCUGUGGAUGUCCUGAUUCAGUGCAGAAGCAGCCCGGGUUACAUAGGUAGGUGGAGAAAAACGGGUUGAUCUGUCCCUGAACAAGUCUUGUAACAGAGUAACUCCUAAUGGAGAAAAAAUAAAAUAAAAUCCUGGUACAGCUUACCAGUUUGAAUUCAAAGAGGUGCGCCCAAAGGCUGCUGGGGCAGAAGCGUGCACGCCUCCAGACCCGGUGGGACAGUGCUGGGAUGUCGCUGCUAACGGAAGGUGAGGCUGUUUCUUUCUCUGUGGUACCAGUGUUGGAACAAGCCUGUCGAAUAAUCAAAAUGUAAAUAACUGUGGUUUUUAACAAUUUAACAUUUUAUUUCUUACAAAACUUGAAUUAUUUAUUCAUUUUAAUUGUUGACUGUGGGUGUGAUAUAAUAUAUUAAGUAGUGUGGAAAUGCAGAGGUUCCUUGGAGCGAGACAGCAGGAAGGCCAGGAGGGACGGUACCUUGCGCGGGGGCCAGGCCGUGCUGGCUGUGUCCCGAGCAGCAGGGGGCAAACAAAGGGUUAAUGAACACAGUGAUUCCUGACGAUGGAAAACUCAACAGACUGCAGCCUCACAAAUGGACUUUUUUUUUUUGCCCCCCUGAGCUUCUGAUUUGAGUUGCAGUUGCCAAAAAAUGGUCUUUAUGUUUCCUGCUGUGCCAGUAGCUGACUUGUGUUGCAGCCUACGGGCCCGCGUGGGGCUGGGCAUCCCGUUAACUGGUUCCUUUCCCCAGUAGGAAUGGCGGUGUUCUGAACACAGCCCCGAAAUGUGCACGUCUCCUCUGGAAGAGCAGUGCCCCUGAGCUGCUACAGCAGGUUUUUGUCUCUCUGCCAAAGUUUAACUACGGUUAAAGAAAAACGGGCAGAACUAAGAGCAGAAGUGUUCGGCUGCUUUAACCUGAUCAGCAGAAAUACCUGGCUGGCCCUAACUCGCGGAUCUGCCUGCGUGGGUAUGGCCGCUGGCUUGCUGAAAGGAAGGGGGGCAAAUGCACGUGGCAAAAUUGGGGCAAAUAUUCAACUGAUGAUGUUAUUAAAAUGUACGAGGGUCAGGCUUUUAAAUGAAUAAUCACAGGUUUGGGGAAAAAGCAGGUAUUUCCACACAAACUGCAUUUUGUCAGCACAAAGCAGUAGGUGAGAGCAUCAGCAGAAAUGCUUUGUCCAGGUAUAAUUAAUUCUCUAGCUCUACCCUGGUAUCUGUACACAGCACCAUCGGGUUCUGUGGAUUUUAUAAUGCAGUCUCCUAUUUGUGUGUGUUUGGCUCUCCCUUAUCGUAGCCUGCGCGACAGAAGAGCAGUGACUAACUUUUCAAGAGCAGAUGCCCAGGUGUGUAUCAGCCAUUGGCCAAGGCACAAAGCAAUGCGCUAAAUCAAAGACAACAGCACCUUAUUUUUUCCUAAUUUCCUUCGGUGAUACCUGUCUUAGAUGUUAUUAUCGUCCUGAGGGUUAUUUCAAACAGAUGUGGAUGUGGGAUCUGAUUGACUUGCUGUAACAUAAUUGACUGAAACCAACUACUUUUAAGUUUCAGCUGUUUUCAAAUUUUUCUUUUUCUGCAGAAUAGCCAGGAGGGAUUCUUACAGGGCCCUUUGCUCAGAUGUAGCCGCGUAUUUACAGCUUGCUUUCAGAUGGGUCAUCUCUCACAGCUAGCAAGAAAUGGAAAUAAAUCCAAGCGAGCAUCACCAGUGUGGGUCUGUGUCAGGUACCGUAAGCUCAGCCCAGAAAUCCUUGCCUUUGUACAGCGGAGGGUUGCAUUAACCCUCCUUUGCAGCAUUUAUUUGGUAGAAAAUGCGUUUCUUGACUGCAGAAAUUGUAUGCAGUGAUCUCUUUUCAUUUAUUCCUGGGGGUUGGAACUAGAUGAUCUUUAAGGUCUCUUCCAGCCCAAACCACUCUAUGAUUCUAUGAGUAAUGGGAAAAUACCUUUCCCUUCCUGCCCCGCUGCUGUGUUCCAGGGGCAGUUGCGUAGCGGGGCCUGGGGCAGGGCAGCCUGUGCACGAGCUGAUACCAACCUGCUGCACUAAGGACUGAGAGGGGGUUACAGGGGAGUGUUCCCCCCCCCAGCCACCACUAAUCCCAGCCUAGAAGCAAAACCGAUGGCACCUCUGAAAGACCAGCUUGGCCCCGGCUCUGUGGAUCAGUUCUUUCCGUAGCUCCAGAGCGAGCUGUGACAAGCACUAGCUGUGAGGUGAGCCAGCCUAGAAAUAUAGACUGGGGGGGAGUUGAGGAUGGAUCUGUAUGGGAAACUCAGAUAUUAAACAAAAAAUCUUUUUUUUUUUCUAAUGGGGUGAAUGCAUAGGUGUCCUGCAUCAUGGUGGCAGCUAAAGGAAUGAAGGAUUAUUUGGGCUCCUUUGUACCACCCGGGAGAUGAGGAGGCUUUGGCACAACUCAGAAUUAGGCUGUUGGUCGUGUAAUCCCCAGGAUAACUGAAGGCAAUCCCGGUCAGCCUUGCUCCCCCUGGGAGCCCUGGGCACCCUGGGCGGGCAUCUCUUUAUGGAAAGGGAGCAGCCACUGCAGCACCCACACGGACACUCGCGCCCUGUGCCUGCCGACCCUUUCAGUGCGGGGGGAACGGGAGUAGCAUAAAAGCCGCAGGCAGGGACUGACGGCAGGGACAUCGCUCACUCACUUGUUAGGAUGGAGUUUUCCCUCGCUUUGCACAACUGGCGUGUCGGGGCUUCCACCCUGAUUUCUGAAUCCCAUUUGGAACUGUUGAGCUCAGGUAGGUCGCGACCUGCUCUGAAGACUGUUCAGCUUCAGGGUGGCGGGUGGAACAGAGGCUGUAGCAUGAACCAGAGCCCACCCUCUGGUUAUCGGUCACCUCUUUGGCUCCUGCAGAGCACCUCGAAGGGGACAGUAUCGCCUCGAGUUCCCUUCAGCAAAUACUUUUUAAAAGGUGGCGUUCUUGCAGUUACAUGAAGACUGUUCAUUUCUAGCUCUGUCACUUGCAAUAUUCUCAUUCCCAUGGAUCUUGGACCUCUGCUGCUGACACAACAGCUCGUCUGUUGUGAUAGAAAACCUUGGAUUUGGGUUCAAAUAUUUAUUGGAAAGCCGGGGCUGUGCAGGGCGGGGGUGGUUGACUGCAAUAUUCACGCUCCGUCCCGUGCAAGGAGCCACAUUGUCCCACAGGGCAGCCUCUGCAGCGCUGCCGUGUUUGCAAGAUUCCCUCUCUUUUAUUUUCUUGCUCUUGCCAAGUGUUACGCAGGUACAAAAGGGCACUGUUACAAACGGGGUUUUCAAAUUCAGAAUAAAUAACAGAAAUAAAGUUCCACGGCUAGAAGCACCACUCUAAAAAUGUCCAAAAAUCACUCGUCUCCACCUUUGCUAUCAUUUUAUUUUAGCACAGGGUCAUGUUCCCGUACCGUUGUGUGGAUGAGUAGGUGUAACGCCGGCAGGCUCAUUGCUCGUGGGGCAAUUCCUGGCGGGUGCGGCUCAGCCGAUGGUUCUGUGCUGGGCCUGGGGGUGCCCGUUGGUUUGGAGGCACAGAGGGCCUUUCGGGGGGUGCCUGCGGGUGUUCAGGUCUGAGCGGUGGGGGUGGGACUCGGUGGGAGGUGCUGGAACUGCAGCCGGUGCAGCUCCUGAGCAGAGCCUCCUGAAGAGCUGCUUCCACCCAGGGCAUCCUCCAGCUGGGCUCUGUGCCGACAGGCCAGGAAAAGCCGUGCGGGGAAACCCAGGGACGUUCUCCUGAUUAGGAAACAAGAGGAGUCAGAGCUGCUUUUUUUUUCCCCAUUAUUUAAUUUUGAGAGCGAGCAUUGCGGACCUUGGUAGAGAGGGGUUUUACGGGGAGAUUUGUAAGGCGUUAACGCAGUGCGAGUAAUUACGUCCCAGUCCUUCACCCCGCCCCCCCAUCCCCCAAUAAAAAAGCCAUGAAAUCGUGCUCCGUACGUGUCGUGGGUGAAACUGCCGGGGCAGAGGUGCGUCCGCACGGCACCCUCACUGGCGGCUGGGGGGUGAGCAGGGCACACACGAGCAUGGAGCUGUGAGUGCUGGUCCCCCAGCGCCGCCAUCCCCCCGCCCUGCCCAGCCUCCGAGGCCUCUUAGGGAGAAAACACUGUAUUGUCCAUAGCACUCCGAAGACUAAACCCUUUUGGGAUAACCACAGUAAUAAACUGUGAAUGGUAUUUUAUAAGUAAGUGUAGAUAUGUAUGCCGUUCUUUUGAGGUAAGGUACUCUGACAUAUGUAGCAUAAACUGGUACUGCUGUUAAAUGGGUCGAUUAUUAACUGAGCAGCUGUGUAAGGGGUAGCUAACUUUGAAUGCACUACAGCACUGUUCCUUUCAGCAGGGGGACUGACGGUAGUUGCUGGGUACUUGCCUUCUUAUGGUGGCGUGUGUUAAGAGGAAAAUGCAGGUCAAUGAAAACACAUUUUUUAUAGCAUUUUAAUGUUGGAAAUUGGUACAUAUUCAAUACAUUAUCCACUACGGUUUUAAUCCUUUUUUUGGCCCAGUUUUUGCAAUUUCCCCAACAUCGUAAGCUGGAAUUUCUGAAGAGGUAGCAGCCCUCGCAUAGGGAGGGGAAAUAGCAGUCUCCUCCUGAAAACGGAGACAUCCAAAAUGUAUUUCCUGACCUGGCAGUCUUGAACUAUCAACUUUUGUGAUGAGGCUCCAGUCCCAGGCCCGGAGAACACUGUCCCCUCAAAAUCACAGGCUGAGCCCCCUCUGGGAGGUGACGCAGGAGCAGUGCCCAGCUCCUGCCCCACGCCGUGGGGGCGGUGCGGGGGGCGGCUGCUGCCAUGGGCCAUGCUCCCUGCAGCCAGGGUGGCCCAGGGCAACUGGCCUGGCGCAGGGCAGCCAGCCCGGCCACCUGCAGGGAGGCAGGUGAGAGGCAGAGAUGGGGAGGGUCUGAGUUUUAGCCAAUUCUCCCUGGUCUCAAAGGGCAAAGAGACAAAACAAUACUUCUGCCUUAGGAAGUACCUUCAGAAGAAGAGAAGCGUCAGCACGUUGGGGAAGAGACUCAUUUCUCGCAAAGUGAUGCAUUCAGAGUUAGCUGCCUUUCUGAAACAAAAAAAAAAAUACAAAACCUACUGUAUGUUACUUUGAAAAUGUGAAUAGUAUUUUUAUAGCUUGUUAAAGACACAGCUAGUUGCAUUUGUAAAUAAGGAUAAUGUUGCUUUUAUUUUCCUUGUGGACACCAUUAUUUGGAACAUAAUUGUCCUUAGGGUUGAUUUGUAUAUAGGUAAUUUGCUUGUGAUUUAAGCCGCUCCUCCCCUUUUCUUUCUCUCCCUUCCCACCCUCUGGUUUUGGUUAGAAGUACCAUUUUUGGCAUUCUGUGUGAUUCUGUGUUUUAGCACUAUCGUGGUGUGUUCAGACUUUCUGCACUUGCUUACACAGUAGGGUAUGCCAAUUGCGUGUGGCGUAAUGUUACUUUAACCUUUUGUUUCUCAUAUUUUAGCUAUUGAGGAUUAUGCACUGUUAAAAUACAUACUGACCUGGGUUAAUAUUAGGUACAUAUUUUAGCAUAAUUUCCCUUCUUUUCAUGGUUUCUUGUUUUUUCUUUUUUUUUUCUUCCCUCCCCUUUUGUCUUGUUUGGAGACUGGGGAGAAACCUGUGGAUCUUCUCUUUGUGUGGUUAUAUUUUCCGCCCCGUGUGCAGUCCCGAGUUUCUCCUCAUGGUCCUUGGGGUAGAGCUUUAUCUGUUUGUUAAGGCAAAUGUAGACUGCGACCCACCUUGCAUCAACCCGCGCUCAUCCCAGCUGAACAAUUUGAAAACUGUUCUGCCUUUUUGUUACAUGAAUCUGUCAGAAAUAUAUUUUUAAUUUAAUAUAAAUGAAAUUCAAUAAAAUAUGA